UGUCCUGCAUUGUACCUCACUGAUUUUUAGUGACAUAUUUUGUUUCUUUGCCUAGCUUUCUUUUUUAUCUCUAUAAAUAUUUUUUCUGAUGUUCACUGUGAGAACUACGUAAAAUCUUUUGAACUUGCAACUUAUGUUAAAUGGAUAACUACUUAACUUCGGUUGCAUACAAAAAUUCUUAAUCUUUACAUCUGGCCUCACCUUUAUGAUGUUGAUAUUAAUAAUUAUGUCUUUCUAUAAUGUAUACAAAUUAACACAUGGAAAUGAUCAUUUUUUUAUUUUGCCUUUCAAAUUUUAUAGCAUAAUUAUUUUGCACCAUCAUUAUGAUAAUGCAGAAUUUUAUUCUUGAUAUGGGCAUAUUUUUUCCCAGAGAGUUAUAUAGUUGUCCUGGGAGAUAGAAACCAGCCAUUGGAAAGGCUAUAAAAAAGCAGAUGUGUGGAAAUGUGCCCAUAGUUUCAUUCUCUUUUGAUAGGAAAUCCAAGAGAUGGGAUUUUUCUACUAAAGUGAUAACUCAGUAUCAGCAUGGAGGAAGGGCUAUGGUGGGUAAAUGCAACAAAGUUUCAAUCCCCUUCCAUGUGGUUCUUGGUGUUAUUCUAAUUUGGGUUGCUAUGAACAAUUAGCAGUUAUAAUUUCUAAAAGAAUCACGAUUGUAAGUAUAUUUUUAAGGUCAUAAAUCUAUGAUGGAAGUAAUACCGUGGUAUUCUAGUGUGCUUUAUUGCUAAUGUGCUUUCUAUACUUUUGUAUAUUCAAAUUGUGAAGUAUAUUCACCUGAGACUAGUUAUUGAGAUACUUUUUUACUUUCAUUUCUUUCAGAACUGUCUUCCCAUUCCACCAAAGACCUGUUGCCAGAGCAGGGCAUAAAAGACCCAUUUCAGAAAUCAAUAAUGAGACUAUAUGGAAGCUAUGGCCUUGAAAAUGUACACUUAAAAAGAGAUUGGGAUUGUGUCGUUGAGUGUAAGAAGCAGAAAGUAUGUUCUAAUGGUCUUACGCAAGGUUUGUCAAGUUGCCAUAGAAAAAUCUUCAAAUGUAAGUGUAUAAAAGUUUUUAGCAAAUCAUCAAAUCUAAAUAUACACAAGACAGGACAUACUGGAGAGAAAAGUUUCAAACUUAAUGAAUGUGACAAAAUUUUUAAUCACAGCUCUAAUGUAUCUGGACAUAGGAAAUUUCAUACGACAGAGAAAUCCUACAAGUGUGAAGAAUGUGGAAAAUCCUUUAACCGUUGCUCAAAACUUAUUAUACAUAGGAGAAUUCACACUGGAGAGAAACCCUACAAAUGUGACGAAUGUGGUAAAGCCUUCAGCCAGUGUACAAAACUUACUCUACAUAAAAGAAUUCAUACAGGAGAGAAACCCUACAAAUGUGAAGAAUGUGGCAAAGCCUUUAACCAUUCCUCAAUCCUUACUCGACAUAAAAGAAUCCACACUGGAGAGAAACCCUACAAAUGUGAGGAAUGUGUCAAAGCCUUUACCCAGUGCACAAACCUUACUCGACAUAAAAGGAUUCAUACUGGAGAGAAACCCUACAAAUGUGAAGAAUGUGGCAAAGCCUUUACCUAUUGCACACACCUUACUCAACAUAAAAGGAUCCAUACUGGAGAGAAACCCUACAAAUGUGAAGAAUGUGGCAAAGCAUUUACCUGGUGUACAAACCUUACUCAACAUAAAAUCAUUCAUACUGGAGAGAAACCCUACAAAUGUGAAGAAUGUGGCAAAGCCUUUACCCAGUUCACACACCUUACUCGACAUAAAAGAAUCCAUACUGGAGAGAAACCCUACAAAUGUGAAGAAUGUGGCAAAGCCUUUACCUAUUGCACACACCUUACUCAACAUAAAAGGAUCCAUACUGGAGAGAAACCCUACAAAUGUGAAGAAUGUGGCAAAGCCUUUACCCAGUUCACACACCUUACUCGACAUAAAAGAAUUCAUACUGGAGAGAAACCCUACAAAUGUGAAGAAUGUGGCAAAGCUUUUAGGCUGUCCUCAAUCCUUAGACAACAUAAAAGGAUCCAUAGUGGAGACAAACUCUACAAAUGUGAAGAAUGUGGCAAAGUCUUUACGCAGUGCACACACCUUACUAGACAUAAAAGAAUUCAUAGAGGAGAGAAAUUCUUCAAAUGUGAGGAAUGUGGCAAAGCCUUUGCCCAGUCCUCAACCCUUACUCAACAUAAAAGAAUCCAUACUGGAGAGAAACCUUACAAAUGUGAAGAAUGUGGCAAAUCCUUUACCUGGUCUACAAGCCUUACUGUACAUAAAAGAAUUCAUAUAGGAGAGAAACCAUACGAAUGUGAAGAAUGUGGAAAAGCCUUUACCCAGUUCACACAACUUAUUCAACAUAAAAUAAUUCAUACUGGAGAGAAACCCUACAAAUGUGAAGAACGUGGCAAAGCUUUUAAGCAGUUUUCAAUCCUUACUCAACAUAAAAGAAUCCAUACUGGAGAGAAUCCCUACAAAUGUGAAGAAUGUGGCAAAGCCUCUACCCACAUUUCAACCCUUAAUCAACAUAAAAGAAUUCAUGCUGGGGUGAAACCCUGCAAAAGGGGAAGAAUGUGACAGAGCCUUUACAUGGUGCACACA